AUAAAGGCUUAUAUGUGAGUAUUCACUUGUGGUCUCGUACACCGAAGACAAGAAAAUUCAGCGAAUGGCCGAGUUGGUACGGUCUAGCGAAGCAUUUCCUACGAAAAGUAUAUUUACUUAGCGUUCCUAACAGCGUUCGUGUAUCACUACUCUGCAUCGUUAGGUACUGGGGGUUCGAUUCCCUCGUUGGCCAGUAUUUCCUUUUUCUCUUUUUUGUAUUGCUCUGUUGUUUUUGUUUGUUUAUUUCCUUCCCUUCCCAGUUUCGAGGGUGAGGAAGGUUGCAAGAUAUCUGUCCCCCAGCUACUUGUAUUCUCCAGGGAUAUAUUGAUUGGUAGCACAAACAUAAACAUACUUACACAUACAAUACAAUACACACACCCCUUUGUGAAAACAUAAACAAACACCUGUAAGGACAAAUAUCCUAUUGACAGCUCAAUGCAUUCACGCGGGAUUGCUUGGUGGUAUAAAAGGUGUGCAUGCCCUGGGUUCAUUUAGUCGAGUCCGUGUGGUGUGCUUCGAGGACAAACUCAUCUGAAAUAUAUUCCUGCUCGCCUCAACUCACGACUGUGUAUGCCUUCAUAAAGAGAAGAGGCCAUGUCUGAAUAUCUCCCACCAGAUAGCGGUCCCGUCACGUUCGUGCGGGAUACCCGUGAUACAAACCACACUACCAAACAGCAGUCCCUUAUCGCAUGCGACGGAUGUCGAUUAGCAAAGGCCCGCUGCGACGGCCAGAAGCCGAGCUGCAAGAACUGCUGCGAAAAGGGCAUUCAGCCAUGCGUUUACACCGCGGGACCAAGGGGAGGCAACAAGCUGCUCAGCCCCGAGAAAGCGCAGAUACAGAAGCAGGGAGAAAUGCAUUAUCCGCACGGACAGCUACGAUUCGAGCCGCUGAAUCGAGCCAGCGGUCGAACACCGCUACCCGAACUCCCGCCACAUGGGAUACGACGACUACAAAACUACGUCGUCACGGGAAAUGCACCAGUAGCGGAUAUGGGUCCUCAUCAACUUUGGGAAGGGAGUAGUGCCGCCGCGAGGGCAGGAUAUGCGCCUGUGCCGCUGAUGUUGAGAGACCAUACCCCGAUGAAUGCACCACGACAGCCCAUGGGUCCGCCCGAUUAUAUUCCUGCGGCCAGGCCCUCUGUACCGCUGAUAGUGAUAGAUGAUGAUGAUGACGAUGAUCCGGGAUGGGCUGCGUGGGUCGAGCAGUUGUGCGCUUCCGAUGGUUGGGACGACAUGCGGCCUACGAGUCGACGACGAGUGGAGUGAUACUGGUACGAGGUGAAGUAGAGUGCGUGAGAAGAUAUCUGGUAUGACUGCCAAGGGAUUUUCAUAUGUUUGUUUCUUGUAAAUCUAGCUUAGGUUUGCGAUGUAUAGGGAUGCAUUAGGUGGUCGAUUGGCUGCCAUGAUCGGUCACUAUGUUACACGAUAGCGAGGGAUGAAUAGGCUGAGUUGAGACAGUCUCAUAUCUUGGUGAGACGCGAAAAAAAAGGGGGAUAUAGACCUUGUUUUAGAUAGAGCUUUGAUAGACUUCUGUCUAGGAUUGCUAUGAUAAUAUGUGUGCUUUUGUUGUGAUAGUUCGCUCGGGAUAGAAAUCCGAGUUGUAACGUGAAGUGUUACGAUAUGCGUAGUACUCAGAGUAUGUGCUCCGAGACUAUCAGAGAGUGGUUACAUCUCAAGAAAAUCCGAGGUA